AUGGCGCCCGCAUCUUUGUCCAGUACUGACUCUGAAGCGUCCAUGAUGCCAGACGACGUGUUUAGUGAUGAAUCCGACUUCCACGGGAGCGUGGAGACCAAGUCCACAUACCAAAAGCUGGCCGCAUCAUACGAUCCCCAAAAAUAUUGGGCCGUCCACGAGUGGUCCACCCAAGUGAAUGCCGCCAAAGGCAGGGUGGCGUGGCUCGAAGCCGCUAGACUGCACGCAGAACUUGCUCUGGGGAAGCAACGGCAAGCGGAGCGCAAAACAGACGAUGGACAGGCCGGGUCACAGCAGGCGGAAGGGGAAAUUCGCGUGGGUUUCGAUGGAGAUGGAAAGAAGGGAGAUGGAGAUGGAGAAAUGGAUGUCGACACCAAGGUCAAAGCCCCAACGAGCCCUGAUCCUGACACAGAGGACGAGGAUGGCAAAGACGAUCGCCGCACGCCGCCGCGGAAUUUCUACGAGGGCAUCCCUUCUGCCAAACAGCUCUCAGAGUCUGUUUCCGACUUCCUCGCCCGUUUGCCCCCAUCGACCACGACGUCUGGCUUAGCUGGACGCCAACCGUGGAUCUGGAUCGCGAACCCGUACCCUGAGCCAGUACCUAGCAGACGGUCAGCAGGAGAGUCACGAAGCACGAGGACCAACACCAGCACCAGCACCGACCCGGAAUUCGGCAGUGGUGAUGUCGCUACGUUCCGCCAACUCGGUACGCGUCUCCUGGAAAGAUAUCUCUCCCGCAAAAAUGAGACGGAACUUCAGAACCCCGGCAAAGUACCCGGGUCGAUCACGCGCAUGCUGCGUCCCGAUCGCCUUCAGUUGGAAUCCGACAUUAGGGAGCUAGCCAAGGCACACCGUAUCACGGCGGGCAAGUGGAUGCUGUUUCCCAGAGACGAUGAAGUUGACACGGUAUGGGCGGUCGUUGCGCGCGGUGUGUGGGACGGGAAGUUGGGUACCGGAGCCAAGGUGGCGACGGCCAAAGGCGAGGGAGAGAUGGUGGUCGAUGACGACAAUGCCGAUGACGGUGGUGGUGAUGGGAAAGACAACGGCUUACGCCUGAUAUGCAUCUACACGCGCGACUUUUCCGACCAAGCAGACGUCAAGCGCGUCCUGCAGGCCAUGAAAGACCUGGGCCUACUCGGCAGCAACAUCGACCUCGACGGACGCAACGCCGGUCUCAGGACCAUCUACUACAAGUGCGACGCCUACACCCACCUCGGCCUGAGCAGCGGCAACGAGUACAAGUUGCGCGCCAGCAUGUACUCGUCCCGAGACCUGUUUCCCGCCUGGUACAAUGGUGGUGCCGGUACAGGGCGUGGACACUGA